AUGCAAGUUCGUUCCUUCCAACUCUUAGCUUUAUUAAUCCUUCUAUUGUUCACUCUUUGCAUUUUCAACAACGUUCUUGGUAGUCAUGAUGUUUUUGAUGAAUUGAGUGAUCAUGUCAGUGGUCAUUACAACACCAUUCAUUCGAAACAUCGUCAACAUGACCAUCACGGUCAUGGAAGACCACCAAAAUUGGGACGACCUGGUAAAGGAAGUGCUAUUGGAAUAGCACCUCAACCAGUCGAUGAAAAUAAUCGAAAGGAUGAUCGAUCUGUUUUGGUUGGCAACAAUGAUCGAGGAAAUGAGAUGGAUCAAGGAAAUGAAUUGAUUCAGGUUUAA